AGCGCCACCUGUAAUUAAACAAAAAUGGCGUGCUUGGGUUAGGUAUAUAAGCAGUCAAUUUUACAAUUUAUUAGUUUAAUGACUCGAAUAACGAUAAAUACAGUUAAAUGAAUUAAAACGUAGUGUUUAUUAUUGUAGCAUUUAAGCGUAAUCUGCAGAAAUCAUGGAAACCAACUAUUUAACCGCAGACCAUUUAGUUGGUUUUGACAAAUAUAAGUAUAGUUGCAAAGAUACGGGUCCCCUCAGCGUUUACGUUAUGCACCCCUUUUGGAACUGGUUAGUCCAAUUUUGUCCAAAAUGGGUUGCCCCCAACUUGAUGACCUUCUCAGGAUUUUUGUUAGCCGUAGUUUCCUUUUUACUCUUCACGUGGAAAGAUUACAGUUUUUAUGCCUCCGACCCGGACCAUCCCGAAUACCCUUCGUUACAGAGAUGGACGUACAUAGCAGCUGCUAUAUUUUUAUUUUUAGCGUAUACUUUAGAUGGUAUUGAUGGUAAGCAAGCUAGACGUACGGGCAGCAGCGGACCUUUGGGCGAAUUGUUUGACCAUGGUCUUGAUUCUUACACAGCUGGAUUAAUCCCAGUCGCUACAUAUUCCAUGUUCGGACGAGGCGCGAGAUACAGCAUCAUUCCAUUUAGAUUUUUCUUCAUAUUGUGGAACAUUAUAUUCAACUUUUAUUUGUCCCAUUGGGAAAAGUACAAUACUGGUGUCUUAUUCUUGCCUUGGGGGUACGAUUUUUCGAUGUGGUUCACCAUCAUAACGUUCACUAUUUCAGGGGUUUUGGGGCAUGAAAUUUGGCAGUUUUUUUUACCAGGUGGAAUCCCAGCAGGUCUCAUGUUUGAAAUUAUUGUUUACAGCACGGCAAUUUUCACCAACGUACCUGUAAUCCUUUACAACGUUUACUUUUCGUAUAAAACAAAGACUGGGUACAUGAGGUCGUUCAGCGAAGCAGUAAGACCCCUCGUGCCAGUUACUUUGUUCUUUUUGAUGACUUUAUUUUGGAUUUUAUUGUCACCCAGUAACAUUAUAGAACGAGAUCCUAGAGCGGUCUUCGUUAUAGUCAGUACUAUUUUUUCAAAUAUAUGUUGUCGAUUGAUUGUGGCACAGAUGAGUAACACAAGAUGUGACAUUUUUAACUGGUUAUUAGUUCCUACAUCUAUUUUUAUUUUAGUUUCUAUUUUGACAAACAAUUCCUCUCUUGAGCUGUUUUUAACAUACUCGUUGUGUGUUCUAUCAACAACUGCUCACAUACAUUAUGGUACCUAUUUGGUCCGUCAAAUGUGCAACCACUUUAGGAUCAACUGUUUUAGUAUAAAGAAAUCGUCAGAUUGACUAGCUGUAGAAAAUAUCUAAAUUCGUUUCAAGUGUUGUGUAUGCAUUUAUUUAUUUAUUUUUGCAGCAACCCCACUUUGGUAUCAUCACAAAUAGAAAAUGUAAUUAUUAGAAUUGAGGGCCACAUUUUUAACAACGUACUUUCAAAAUUUACAAAACUUUCACUUGAAAAUGUGGCACUCGGCUUUAUCCAAAGAAUAUUUAGUUUCACCAUUAAUUUUUAACUAUUUAUUGUGAUUAGGAUGAUCAAAAUACUCAGAUAUUGCCUGUACAAUUUUACUUUUUUAAUAAAGUUAACAAAGAUCA